AUGGAUACAUUGCAAAGUACGCUAUAUGGCUCACAGCAUCCAUGCCCUCCAGGCACCUACAGCACAAAGAUUGGUAAUGGUGGGAAAGAGGACUGUCAGGUCUGUCCAGAAGGCUAUUACUGUAAGGAGGGCACAUCCAAACCCACUUCCUGUCCAUCGGCAACAUUUCGUCGGAUAAAGGGGGGCCGGAGAGCAGAGGAUUGUUCUGUGUGUCCUGCCGGCUACUUCUGUCCUCAUCCGGCCACAAUCAAUCCAAAAGUUUGUGGAACAGGAAGUUAUUCUGAUGAGGGAUCAGUGGAGUGUCAGCCAUGUUUGCCGGGUCACUACUGCAGCAAUGAAACCACCAGUGAGGAAGCCAUGCUCAGAAUAAUGGUCUGCCCCCCAGGUUUUCUCUGCUCACAGGGUCUGGAUCGAGAACCCCAGCGCUCAGCGGUAUUCUGCCCAAUAGGUUUUUACUGUCCCGGUGGAAGUGUUGAUCCUAAUCCUGUUCCGUGCCCCAAAGGAACCUACAGUCGACAGCCAGGACUACGUGACCCUUCAGAUUGCACAAAGUGUCCAGAGGGCAAAUACUGCUACACAGAGCAUCCCCAGGAAGAACCCAUUAUUGAACCAACAGGAAACUGUCCUGAUGGAUACUUCUGUCCUCCUGGUACCGGACAUCCAAACUCAUUUCCGUGCCAAUCAGGCUUCUUCAGGAAUGACUCGUAUGGACAUGGAGGUGAAGCUUGUGUGGAAUGUCCACCUGGUCACUACUGUCCUACUCUGGCCACACACACUCCUACAGUCUGUCCACAGGGUUUCUACUGUACUGAGGGGAGCUCAGCCCCAGAGCCAUGUGAAGAGGGUACGUUUGGAUCCCGGCCAGCCCUGAGCGAAGUCUCACAGUGCACCCCAUGUAGUGGGGGGAAAUAUUGCACCGGUUUGGGCAAAUCUGAGCCUACAGGGGAUUGUGAAGGUGGAUUCUAUUGUAGACAGGCGUCUACAAGUCCGGUUCCUCCUGAUGGUCAAGAAGGGGGUGUGUGUCCUGCUGGCAGUUUCUGUCCACCCGGAUCAGUUCAUCCUCAGCCUUGCCCUUCAGGAACCUACAGUAACAGCACAGGUCUCCAACAUGCUGAGCAGUGUGUUCACUGUCCUCCAGGUAAUUAUUGUUUAGGAACAAACUCUACAUCCCCUUCUGGUCCAUGCUUUGCGGGGUACUACUGCACUGGAGGUUCAGCCACACCAGUCCAACAUGAAGCUGAGGAGGGACACUAUUCAUUGGAAGCAGCUGUGAGGGCUGAACCUUGCCCACUGGGAACUUUCCAACCAGGAAGAGGCUAUAACUCAUGCAUUGAAUGCCAGUCAGGAAGACUGUGCAACAAAACAGGCCUAUUCCAGCAGCCCCUGUGCCCACCUGGACACUUCUGCCCUGCUGGAUCCCUAAUUGCUCACCCAUGUCCCCCUGGUACAUACACGGCAAGUUCAGGGGCGGAGGAUCUGGAACACUGCGGCCCAUGUGAUGCUGGUCAGUACUGCCACUCUCCUGGACUGACCGCCCCUCAGGGACCUUGUGAGCCUGGUUUUUACUGCACUGGUGGAUCUCAUGUUGCCACUCCGAUUAGCUCCAGAUAUGGUGACAUAUGCCCCAUGGGUUAUUACUGUCCAGCAGGCACCAGACACCCUCAUGAGUACCCCUGUCCUCCUGGAACCUGGAGUAAUGCACUAGGGGCCCAGAAUGUGUUGUCCUGUUGGCUCUGCCCUGCUGGAUUCUAUUGCAACAGCUCUGGCCUCACUCAGCCCACUGGAAUAUGUGCUCCAGGGUUUUAUUGUGCGGGUGGUGCUAAAACAUCCAUGCCUGACGAUGGGGUAACAGGAAACAGGUGUCCGACGCGGUAUUACUGUCCACAGGGGUGUACUUCCCCUCUGCACUGCCCUGAUGGAACACACUCAAACAGCACAGGUGCAUCAGAAUGCAGUGACUGUCCCACUGGAUGGCUGUGUCUGGAGGGGGAGGAGCUCCAGUUGUGUCCAGAGGGACAUUACUGCCUGGGGGGCACAGUGGAGGACAUCCUCCCCUGCCCUCCAGGCACAUACAGCCCCAAAGCAGGACAAAGCCAAGUAGAGCAGUGUUUACUGUGCUCAGCUGGCAUAAACUUCAAGAAUCCUGAUGCGAAUAUUAGCACAGGGGUGGGUGGGCCCUGUCCCGUAGGUCAUUACUGUCCUGAGGGCACCAGCCUUCCUUUACCCUGCCCGCUUGGCACUUUUUCAAACAGUCUGUAUGUCACUGAGAACACGGGGUGCUCUUUGUGUCCUGCUGGGCAAUUCUGUGGUUCAGUGGGCUUGAGUAGACCAUCUGGACCCUGCCAGGAGGGGUUCUACUGUCCUGCCGGGGCAUCGUCAUCCACAGGUUCUGAUUCUGAAGGUGGUCUCUGUCCGCAAGCGCAUUUCUGCCCCGCUGGCAGUGCCAUGCCUGUUCCCUGCCCUGCGGGCACCUAUACCAACCUGACAGGACAGAUUAAGUGCAGUCCCUGCCAUGCUGGAUACUAUUGCCCAGAGAGUACCAGCAAAUACACUCUGUACCCAUGUCCUCCUGGAUUCUACUGUCCUGAUGGAACAAAGCAUGCCACCCAGUUCCCCUGCCCACGAGGCUAUUACAACCCCGAGCCGAUGACCCACAGCCUGGACAGCUGCCUGCCCUGUCCUCCAGGCCACUACUGUGAGAAAGAGCGCCUUUCUGCUGUGUCUGGGAAAUGUAAAGCUGGAUGGUUCUGUGUAUCUGCUGCCUGGAACGCUCAGCCCUUUGACCUGGACAACUACACUAACGCUAACUGCCUAUGCCCUGCUUCCUCCACCGGGGGCAGAUGCCAGGAAGGGUUUUACUGUCCAGCUGGGACCUCUGAGCCUCUAUCUUGCCCUCCAGGAGCUUUCUGCAAUGCAACCGGUCUAGCCCUGCCGAGUGGACCGUGCUUUCCGGGUUAUUACUGCACAAAGGAAGCCACUUCAUCCAAGCCUACAGAUGGCAUCACAGGCAACAUCUGCCCUCCAGGAUCUUACUGUGAUGAGGGCUCCAGUGCACCACAGCCUUGUCCAGCAGGGACUUUCUCCCCAGCAGUGGGCCUUGUGAGCAAGGACGAGUGUUUGCCCUGUAGAACGGGUUACUACUGCGCUACCCCAGCUCUUCAGGCUCCUACCGCCCCCUGCAGGGAGGGUUACUGGUGCCCGGCUGGUCAGACAGAUGACCUAGCUCUGCCGUGUCUGGUCGGUCAUUACUGUCCCCCAGGAAGCCCUGUCCCAAUUCUUUGUCCCACUGGGACAUAUCAGGACAAGCAGAAGCAGGCGAACUGUACAAUCUGUGAAUCAGGUUUUUAUUGCGAUGAGACAUUCGGGGCUGCAAAUAUGUCUGUCCUGCAGCCUUGUCCGAAGGGACAUUACUGUCCGAAAGGAACAGGCUAUGCUGAACAAUUUCCAUGUCCCGUUGGCACCUAUAAUCCUCUUGAGCUCAUGAACAGCCAAAAUGACUGCCUGUUGUGUCCGUCAGGACAUUACUGUCCAGACGUUGGACUUGAAGAACCUACAGGACUGUGUUUGGCUGGUUUCUGGUGUAGAGAGGGCUCCCAUUCACCCAGUCCUAUGGAUGGUCCUACAGGGGCCAUAUGUCCAGUUGGUCACUAUUGUCCAAAAGGCACUGCCAGUCCUAUACCCUGCCCAGUGGGAACGUUGUCUAACAGUACAGGUCUAAGGAGUGCUGAAGAGUGCCGGUCGUGCCCUGGAGGGUUUUACUGUGCCUCAACUGGUCUGACUGAACCCAGUGGACUCUGCUCUGAUGGGUUUUAUUGUGCUGAGAAAGCUGAGACUCCCACUCCUAUUGAUGGGGUGUCCGGCCACAUCUGCCCGGAGGGUCAUUACUGUCCUCCUGGAACCACUCACCCUAUGCCAUGUGAUCCUGGGACUUUUGUAACCGUCACUCAAGCCUCUCAGUGCUGGCCCUGCACAGCUGGCUGGUACUGUGUGGAUGGAGCCCGGCUGCUUUGCCCAGCUGGUUUCUAUUGUCCAGAAGGCACAGGUUAUGACUGGAGGCCUUGUCCGGCAGGGACAUACAGUCCUGACUCCGGUUUGAGCAUCCUAUCUGAGUGUAGGGAAUGUGAUGGAGGACACUACUGCUCUCUUCAGAACUCCACCUCUGCCACAGGAAAAUGCUCUGAGGGAUAUUAUUGUGCACAUGGGAAUGUCUCACCUCAACCACACACACAGUCUGCAGGUGGGGGACCUUGUCCUUCAGGUCACUUUUGCCCACAAGGCACUGCUCAACCUCAGCCUUGUCCAGAAGGCACUUUCAGUAACAAAACCAAGCUAGUCAAAGUGGAAGAUUGUUUGUUAUGUCCUGCUGGCCAUUAUUGUGACAUAUCUGGGCUGACUUCGCCCAGUGGAGAAUGCUGGGAAGGUUUUUACUGCAAACAGGGAGCCAUACUCCCCAACAGCCCAAUCAACGAUCAGAGAGGAGGACCGUGUCCGACAGGUUAUUUUUGCUCUAGAGGCUCAGGCGCUCCUCAAGCCUGUCCAGAAGGAUCCAUCAGCAGUAGAGAGAGACAGGCCAGCUGCAGCCUGUGUCCCCAGGGUUACUACUGUCCUGCCAAUGGUUCCCCCUCUGAGGGCAUUGAAUGCCCAGUGGGCCAUUAUUGCCCUACAGGCACCUAUCAACAAAAUCAGCACCCCUGUCCAGCAGGGACCAUUAAUCCCCAUACAAGGAUGAUCAGCCGUGAAGACUGUUUAACCUGCCCUCCAGGUUUCUUCUGCGAGGCUCCUGGACAGAGUGCUGUGUCUGGACCGUGUGCAACUGGACACUUUUGUCUCUCAGGAGCCAUGUCCCCCAUGCCUGUGGAUGGAGGAACAGGUGGUAGAUGUCCUCAAGGACACUACUGUCCCAUAGGGUCCUCGUCUCCUGAGCCUUGUCCAGCAGGCCGCUACAGCAACAGCAGUAGGAACACUAAGCUGUCUGACUGCCUGCCCUGCCCUCCAGGAUUUGCUUGUUCCAGUAGGGGGCUCUCCUCACCUUCUCAUGUGUGCCAGAUGGGCUACUACUGCCCACAAGGGCAAAAUUCCAGCCAGCCUGCGCACUUCAUCUGCUCACCUGGGUAUAUGUGUCCACCUGGCAGCCCUGCCCAGAUCUCAUGUCCGCUUGGGACGUACCAGAACCUCCAGGGGCAGGGAAAUUGUUCUGUGUGUCCGGCUGGAUAUUUUUGUGCUGGUUCAGACACAGUAACAGGUGGAACUUCCAUACCUGUACCCUGUCCUAAGGGAUAUUACUGCCCUCCAGGCUCAGAGUCAGGAGUGAGCUUCCCCUGCCCUGUAGGCACUUUUAAUGGUCACUUAGGCCUGUCUAGCGAGAAUCAGUGUAUCUCCUGCCCCCCUGGUAAAUACUGCAGCUCCUCUGGCCUGGACUCCCCUACAGGCAACUGUUCUCCAGGUUAUGUGUGCAACCAGGGUGCCUCGUUCUCAGAGCCAGUUGGAGAUUCCACAGGAAGCAGAUGCACAGCUGGCUUCUAUUGCCCAGCGGGUGCCAGCCAUAUGGAGCCUUGUCCUCUGGGCACAUUUGGCUCAUUAGAAGGAGCAGCAUCUGUAAAGAUGUGUCAACCGUGUACACCAGGACAGUACUGUGCAGAACCUGGGCUGAGUUCACCCUCUGGGCCUUGUAGUCCUGGGUACUAUUGUAUUCAAGGAUCACACACCUCUACGCCUCAGUUCUACAACAGCACAGAUUGUGAAGAACCUGGAGCUCGUACAAUGGAGGAUGUCUAUUCUCAGAUUCAUUUCAUUGGGGAUGUUUGUCCUCAAGGGCACUAUUGCCCAACAGGCAGUGCACGACCAGAACCUUGCCCACCAGGUUCCUUCCUGAGCCAGCGUGGUGCUGUGUCUGAGACAGACUGUCGUCCAUGUAGCCCUGGAUUCUACUGUCCAGACUGGGGUCAGAGCUCUGCGGAGCUCUGCUGUCCUGAGGGCAGUUUCUGUCCGGCAGGUUCUUUAACAGGUCAUCUACCUGGUAGGAUGUACUACUGA